CCCCAACGUCAAGCCUGAAGAAAGAACUCAUGGACAUCGUCGCACCAGGGCCUGGUGUGAAGCUCCUCGACAUGGCAGCUGGAACCGGCGAUGCUACUGUGCUCUUCUUUGACUACCAAGACAACGUCAACCAGGAUACCAAGUCGACAGUCACAAUGGUCGAUCUGAACGCCAACAUGCUGGAACUCGCCAAGAAGCGCCUGGGCAACACGCGUUGGAGCGCUGACGGGCGUAUCGAGUACAUGCAGGGUAACGCUGAGCACAUGCCGGAGAUUCCAGAUAACACAUUCGACAUCUACUGCUGCAUCUCUGGUUUCCACAACAUGCCAAACCACCUGAAGGCAAUGAAGGAGGCGAUGCGCGUUCUCAAGCCUGGUGGCAAGAUCUGUAUUGGCGACAUCAACAACGGCGUGGGCCCUGUUGGAACGAUGCUUCGGCGCGCGUUUAACAGACAUGUAUUCUUCCCACUCGUCCUGUGGACACAGGAGGACAGGGAUAUGGCGCAUCGCAUCAAGGAGAGCAGCCUUACCUUCCCUUCACCGCCUGAUUUUGUGGAGGAGCUGAAGAAGGCCGGCUUUGAGAUUGAAGGCUGCGGGUAUCACUUCUUGGGCUUCAUGAGCAUGGCUGUCCUGUUUACUGGCACGAAGCCAAUGGGUGCAGAGUAGGGAUGCAAUGCAGCCUGCCCGUCAUCCCACCGCUUUUCACAUCCUUCUCUUCAAAUCUAUUUCUUUUUUGUUACGAUAUCCUGGAGCAGACUAGGUGAAACUGCAGAUACAGGGUAAUACACGAUUUCAAAACCUAA